UCCACAUCUGUUCGGGUAUUUAGGAUCCUAAAAAGAUUCGAAAUAUCUAAAAAAUCUGAAAAAUAUCCGAAAUACGAAAAGUACUUGAAACUCCAAACAAAUACCCAAAAUUUUCAAAUACCUAAAAAUUCAAAAUCUUAUUUAAAAUCUGACACUGAACAGAAAAUAUCCAAAAUUUUAUCCAAAUACCCAAAAAAAAAUUAAUUUGAAAAUUUACCUGAAAUUAAAAACUAUAAUCGUAAACCAAAAACCUAAAAAAAAUAUUCAUAAUGCCGGAAACAUAUUCAAAAUAUCCAAAUAUACCAAAUAAACACAACAUAUUUAUGAUCGGGUCUAGGGUAGGAUCCGGACUCAAACAAAGACAUGCGGGUCCAAAAAAACCCCAAUAGGUUAUCUUCUCUGGACAUGAACUAAACAUAUAUUUUCGGGUCGGUUCGGUUUGUUUUUUUUUAUCCGGAUAUAAUUUUCAUGCCUAAAUAAAACUUACGUAAAAGUGUACAUAUAACAUAUCAAAUGAACUAAUUCAUAGAUUAUAUAACUGUUAAAAAUUAUAUUUUCGAUAUAAUAAAAUUUUGUAUUAUAAUAUAAUCCAAAAAACCCGCGAUUUCCAAGCGCGGGUCAAAAUCUAGUUCAAAUUAAAUACAACGGAAUACUUAGAGCCUUUAACGAAACAAAUAUAUGCCUACUUAUUUCAUGGUAGAAAUGUAACGUAAACUUUUGCAAUUAUAUUUCUUGUUUGCGUAGUUUAACGUAUUAUCAGUAAUAAAACAUAUAUAGAUGAUCUGAUAAACAGAUGUGGCAUGGUGUAAUGAUACUGCAUGAUGAAGUGACGCAUCGCAUUGGAAUCAUGCUUUUAGAGAAAGUUUAUAAAUCAAAUCAAACCCUUUUUUAUUUUCUCGUGGUUUAUUUUUCACCUUUAACUCCGUUCUUUAUUGUCCUUCCCUUCGUUACCGAAAUUCAAACAUUUGAUUUUGUUAUCCUUUUAUUUCAAAGUUGUAUGUGGAAUUUUGUCAAUUCAUUUCUUGCUUGUUUAUAUGUACCACUGUCUUUGAGCGACGACCGUACGAUCUCGUACAAUGAUCAGAAAACAUAUUUAUUUAUUUAUGAACUAUAAAAACUUUAUUGAUAAAAACAUAUUUAUUGAAUCCUGAUUUUUUCCAGUUACCGUCCACAUCUCCCUUUGAUUUUACUAAUUUUAUCAUUUCGUAAUAUUGUGGAGAGAAACAACAUGACAUUCACUAAAAAUAAGUGUUUAAAUGGAAGCAGCGUCCAUAAAAAUUUAAGUUUAGUCUACCAAGAAGUGUUAUGGUCAAAACAAAAUUAUGCAUACUAAACUAUAGAACUGAAAGAACUAACCGAUGACAUUUACCUCUGUUCGUUUCAUCACCCCGGACGCAGUGACAGCGUCAACGCAACAUACAACGCCGGUGAAAUACUAUUGACUUGUUUUUCCAGUUCCUGCGGCAGCUAACAAGAAACAUACGGACGCGGAAAAUUUCAAUGUCACUGCGUCUAAAUUUUUAUGUCUCUAGCAAUCAAUUGCCAAUUGUUUUAACUUUUGAUUCUGUUUUUUGUCGCAUUUGCUAUACUUUUUUGAACGCAGCAGCUGCUUCCAGCGGUGAUGAAACGAACAUAAAUAUUGAGAAUAAUAAUAAUUAAACUGAUGAUAUUGUCUAAGAAAAAAAUAUUUAAAACUAAGAACAGUGUAAAUAUUUUAUUGGCAAUACAUAAAUGUGUGGUAAAUCAAGUGGUCUUAGUCUACCACUCUUAGUCUAGUGGUAAAUGUGUUCCAGUUAGAGUUUCUGCCAUGGUUUCGAUUUCUUUGGCCACCCAUAAAAAUCUUCAAUAGCAAAAAAAUCUGAAUUUUUAUAAGUCUUUUGAUAUUAGUUAUUGAACCUAGAAAGUUUUUCACACCAAAAUUAUAAAUAAAAAGAAAAAAAACAUAAAUAUGUGGUAAAAAAACUUGGUGAUAUUUGAGAGCUAUACAAAAUAGCAAAAUGCUAUUCCGUGGCCCAUUUUCAAAUUUAUUUCAUUCCCUUAUAAGAUAUAUCACACAUAUAUGUAUCGAGAAAAAGAAGAAAACUCCAUGAUUUAUGUCACUUCUAGAUAUAUUCCAUCUACAUAAAAAGACGAGAAAUUGAGAUUUAUACACAAUCUCCAAAGCCCUUUUCGACUGAAAGAUAAGCCAUUUUCUCAUGUGGUUUUUGAAUCUUCCCUUAAUCAAUUUCCAGUCGUCUCUAGUUUGUUGUUCAAAAAAAAAAAAUCAUCUCUAGUUUAAUAUUUACUAUGCUCCGAAUGGUGACUACGGUUUAAGCGGUGCAGGACAAGCGGUUAAACUGCGGUGUGGUUCUAACAGUUAUAAAAAUGUAUAAAUAUAUUGUAUAUGUACAAAUUUUUGUUACUGUUAACUGCGAAGCGGAGCGGGAUGAUGGUCACCAUUCGAAGCCAUACAUCUUAAUACAUCUCUUAUUUAAUUUUAUUUUUUUUGAACUAAACACCUCUUAUUUAAUUUAUGUAUCAUUUUAAUUAACCUCUUCAUCAGAUACGGUCCUGCCUUCACGUUACAAACUGCAUGUGUUUACAGAUUGUGCUAUGAGAUAAUUCCAUAAAGGUUCGGGCAGAUUACUAAUUCCUUUACAUGUCGGGUGGAAGGCUCUUGAUCAGCUGACUGUGUGACAAGUGGAGUAGGAUAGCACUUAUAACUCCAAAAUAGUUAGAUUGAUUUUUUGGGACUCCAAGGAUAUCGAAGGGCCAGUUCAACAGUUCAUCUAAAAUUACAGUUUAAUUUAUUCAAUACGUAUUUAACACUGCUGGUUAAAAAUUAAAUGGUCUUGCGGAUUCAUUACGAAUGACCGAUCUUUGCGUUGAGAUUUGCUUAAUUUGUUUUUUUUUUCUUAAACAUUGGAAGGUAUCUGGCCGAGCUCCAACUAAUCAAUAUGGACGACUGAUCUGGCUCCGAAUUUUCUAAUGUGGUAUAAGACAUGGCUCCAUUUCCGUUGAUUUGCAGCUUUGAAUGAUUAAGUUCUCCGAAUUUGAAGAAGAACAUUUGUUGUAAAAGAAGAAUAAUAAGCAUGAAGAGUAUAAACUUUAAGAUUGUAUAUUUUUGUUUAUGUAUUAUUUUUUUCUUAGAUACAUUAUGUAAUUUGUUUUAUCCAGUUAGCCUUGAGCAUUUUAGCUUUUACUACGUACAUAGUAUAGUACAAUAUUGUAAUAGUCUGUACAUGUGUAUUUAUGCACAUAACUAAUUUUGAUGAGUUGGCAAACAUUUUGGAACGGCCAUUAAUUUGUAAGAUCCAAAAUUAAAACAUAUAUUGUCUGCAAAAGAUAUAUAUUUUCAUUCUAUUCAGAUUCAGAUGGUCGAUAUUUUGUCGAAGAAUUGACGUGCAAAAGUUUCAAAAAAAAAGAAUUGACGUGCAAAAACAUUAUUUACUGAAAAAAUUGCCCACUUUCACUUCUACAGUAAACCGGAAAAUUGGUGUGUACACAAGCAACAACUAGGGCUUUGAGUUUUGACUAUAUUUAUCUUAGGGACCGGAAAACAAGAAACAAUCAGGGACCACGUCACUGGUUUUCACGAACUAAUUUGAUAUUAAUGAAAAUUAAUUUUACUUAAGAAAUAAUUAACAGUAAUUAAUUAAAUAACACCUAUAUCCUAUGUGUUGUUCCCUCUAAGUAAACCAUAAAGCCAUCUUUCAACAUUCAACCAUCCACAUGCAGGCUGUGACACCAUCAUUAUCAGUUAUUCCAAAAUCCAGUAAUUAAAUAACAUAAGUUAGCAGCUUUAGUUAUCUGUUCUCACUUGUCUUAGUUUACGGGAAAAUUAAUUUGCAUGUACGUACGUACGUAACGUACGUAUAUAACACAGGUCGAUCUUGUAUAUAGUCUAUAAAAUAUAAUACGCUGUAUAGAUUUUACUAGCUUUUGCAAUAUCACGUGCGAAGUAUAUGAUUAGGUUUAGGUUGAAGAUUACAUGCAUGGACGAGAAUUUAGAUAUUUAAACACUUUACUAGAAUUUGUUUUCCGUCUUCUCAACGAACAAUUGAUAAGAUAUAUCUCAUCACUUGGUUCGGGUGAGUUGACCCUUCACUAUCACUGGGUCGUUUAGUUCAUCUCAGCUUCAUGCAUACGUGUUUCUUAUAUACGUCAUUCCCAAACUUAAUAAAAGAAAAAUAACAUUCCUACAAAACUGAAAGAACAAAAAACAAAUUGACACCUUGUGUAGAGAUACAAAAAGUCAAUGGUCAAAGAUUUGCAAUGAUCUGUCGGUGCCUCUCAGCCUUUCCGUAUAAUAGCACAACAAAAACUCUUUGUGUUGCGAUGAAACGUGUAGAGUCAGAAUCACUAAUUAAGUACAGAUUACAUAUACAUCAAAAUUUCAAAAGGUUCAGAAAACGCCAUCACGGCUCACACUACUAUAUAGCCAAUUAUUUAUAUUACGGACUUGGCCUCAAGGAAAUGUCCUACGGUCCUACCCUUGCAUCUCGGUGCAGCCGCGCUAUCACCUGAUUUUCGGCCUUAUCGGUGGGGAGCUCCCACAUGGCAUUACCGUAUGGUCCGUAUCAAACAAAUUACCUGAAACGAUAAAACACUCAUCUUCAUAGUAUUAACUCUUGUCAUGAUUCAGAUAUUUUUAGCUCGUUCUAGUUCUUAUUUUUCUUGGAAUUUUCUAGGGAAUUUAUGGACCAUACGUAAAUAAGGGAGAUGGCGAGCGUAAAAUCGGCAAAGAACAUAAAAAAUGUAGACCGUAUAGCUGACAUCAUCUAGUGAUGUUAUUUACGGAAUUUUCCAUUACGAAUUUUACAUCUUUAAAUUUUUAGGAUGCUUUGCGAAUAUAUUACAAUAAAGUUCUAUAGUCAUAUGCAUAGAAAAAUCAUCUCACAAGAAUAUGAGUAUAAAGGUUAACUACCUUCUUUAGGCUCUUAGCCAGAAAGAAAAAAUAAGAAGUUUGACUAACUUGGAGGGGGAUAUUGAUUCGCUCUUUUUGGUAAGUCACUUUUUCACCCAAGUAUUUAACUGCUAAAUACGAACACGGAAGUGACCAAAGAAAUAUAUAUAGUCGUCUACGCAUACGAUAGUUUGUUAGGCACCGAUUUUAAACCUAAAAUACAUAGCAGUCUCUUUCAAGAUAUAUGAUUAUAUAUGUGCACCCGUAUUAUGUACUUAUGUACUUACAUUAGCCGUCAUGAGUUUUUGAAAACUGAUAUAUAUAUAUAUAUAUAUAUUUAUGUUUGAAUAUGGUUUUCUUUAUAAUCAAUGAUUUACUUUCUACUGAUUCGACUAAACGUAUUUUGAUCAGUCCUUACAAUAUAUUUAUACUACCAGUGGCUUUAAUUGAUGUUGAGUUUUGAAGAUAUCCCCUGAUCAUACAGUGUUGCUUGUCGAAUAAAAUUCCAACUUACUUGUCAACGAAAGAAAGUAUAUACUUUUGUGAUAAGACAAGUACUUUGUAAUUGUUCGUAUAAAUUAUAAACAUAGUUGUUAUUUUGGUUAAAAGAUUUCCGAAGAAUUAAUGAACAUAUCGCAUUUUCCUUGUCUUUCUCUACUUAAUAAUUGGAGGGUUUAAUGCAUUAAUCCUUAUUAUCAUAGAACUGUUAAUUUUUCACAAUUUCUUAUAAAUUAAAAAAAAAGUAGAAAACAUAUAAACCGUACGUAGUCAUUAUCUUUAUAUAUCAUAUCCGUAGUAUCUUCUUCUAUAAUUUUCCCUCAUUAUAUAUGAUUAGAACAUUCCAAAACAAACACUGAGCAUUUAAGUUAGAUAAACAAGAAUAUAAAUUGAAAAGCAGAUGACACUUUGACGGGAAUAAUAUCUUUGCUAAAUAUUACCAUCUUGGUCUCGUAUCUAAUUCUAGUUAAUAUCAAGACUUUGACGUCAAAUAGUUGUAUCCCCGAUGUGAUAAUUCCAGUAACAGAAAUUUGAGUUUACAAUCUAAGGCGUUUGCCGAUAUUUAACAGAUUUUUUUUUUCAAAUUAUACAAAUAAAACCAUCUAGAAGAAAACAUAAGGUGUUCACACCCAACAAAAUGUUGAUUAUAUAUACACUCAUUUGAUAUUCAUGGAUGAUAAAAAUUAUAACAAAUCCAGCAAAAGGGUUGGAUGAAAAUAAACUAUACGUGAAGGCACCAAACUAGUAUAACACCAAUUACACGUGUCAACCAAUAACAAUGGAGUCCAGCUGUAAUGGUCCCGACCUCUGGAUUUCUACUUCUUCUCGCCGGGAUACAUUGACCAAAAAACAUCUCAAAGUACGGCAAGAAGUUCAUAGUGAACGCCGUUUUUUGUGUUUACCGGGAAACGCAAAAUGAUGGUGUAUCUUAGGGUUUUAGGAAAGGCUUUAGAGGAGUUUGUUGCCGGUAGUUUGUGGGACAACUCCGUUAGAAACUAUUGCUGAUUAAACGGAUAUUGCCGGUUUCUCCGUCCUGGUCAACCGGGUAAAAAUCCCGUAAUAAAAUCUGUGUCCUCAUUCAUGCCCUGCUGUAUCUAUCUAAUAUGGUAAUGUUUGCAUUUGAUCGUUCAUAUCACUCUUUUUUUGUUCCUGUUACAUUAAUACGUUUACCGUAAUGUUCUAAUAGGAAAAACCUAGCCAAAGCAAACCAAUGUUUUAAAUGAAAUCGAACUAAUAUUUUUUCUUUGUAACAGAUCGAACUAAUGUUUGUUAAAGAACGAUAUUAUUCUGAUUCAAAAAUAUAUAUAUAUGUUCCGAUUCAAAAAAAAAAAUUACAUGCUCCAUUUGCAUGAUCUAUUUGCAUUGAUCAUUUCAUAUAAGAGAAUUAUUUAGGUAAUGUUGGGUAAAAAAUCGACCAGUAUCUAGCUAAUGUAUUAACCCCCUUCAAAAAUAAUAAAUAUCUAAUGUAUUUUAUCAGUUGAAAAUAAAAUGGGCGAAUUAGAGAAUACUAUAUAGUUUGAAUGUCCUUAAAAUAUUAUUCAAGCCAGUAGAAGAGGUAUUGACCAUUUUGGAAUUAAAAUAUUAUUAAUUCCACUUUUCGAAAUGAAAUAAAAUAAUUUAAAGCCGAUUAAACACGAAUAGUAAACCUUUCACUGAAAUCCUGGAUAUAAACAUAUUGUUAGUUUACGUUUAUAUCCUUCGACGUCAUCUCCACCAUCAUCCUCUCUCUCUCUCCCUCUAUAUAUAUUGCCUCGCUCUCUUCCAUUCUUCCUCACACCCUUGAAGCUUCAAAACUAAACAAAGCUUAUUCACCAUUCUCUCUCUCUCUCUCUCUUUCAUUCUCUCAUUUUUUAAUCUCUAAACCCACCAAAACAUAAACAAUGCCUGAGGCACCAAAGAUCGAAGCUUUGGAGGUUUCUGAUCAGACUCUCGCGGAGAAGAACAAGAACAGGCUCCAGUUCAUCGAAGAAGUGACCUCUAACGCUGACGAUGUCCAGAGAAGGGUUCUUGAAGAGAUUCUCUCACGCAAUGCUGACGUGGAGUACCUCAAACGUCACGGGCUCCAGGGACGAACCGACCGUGAGACUUUCAAACACGUCAUGCCUGUCGUAACCUACGAAGAUAUUCAGCCUGAGAUCAACAGAAUCGCUAAUGGUGAUACGUCACAAAUCCUCUGUUCUAGCCCCAUCUCUGAGUUCCUCACCAGUUCUGGAACAUCUGGUGGAGAGAGGAAACUGAUGCCAACAAUAGAAGAGGAGCUAGACAGAAGAUCACUUCUCUACAGUCUCUUGAUGCCUGUGAUGAGCCAGUUUGUUCCCGGUCUUGACAAAGGCAAAGGAAUGUACUUUCUGUUCAUCAAAUCCGAAUCUAAGACACCAGGUGGUCUCCCUGCACGUCCUGUCUUGACCAGUUACUACAAAUCCUCUCACUUCAAAAACAGACCAUAUGACCCUUACACCAACUACACAAGCCCUAACCAAACCAUCCUUUGUCCGGACUCUUACCAAAGCAUGUACUCUCAAAUGCUAUGUGGUUUAUGCCAACACAAAGAAGUGCUCCGUGUUGGCGCUGUCUUUGCCUCUGGUUUCAUCAGAGCCAUCAAGUUUCUUGAGAAACAUUGGCCUGAACUAACCCGUGAUAUUAGAACCGGUACACUCAGUUCCGAGAUAACCGAUCUUUCCGUCCGUGAGGCGGUCGGGGAGAUUCUUAAACCGGAUCCAAAGCUUGCGGAUUUUAUCGAAUCCGAAUGCAUGAAGAACUCUUGGCAAGGGAUCAUCACUAGGCUUUGGCCAAACACAAAGUAUGUGGAUGUGAUUGUGACCGGGACAAUGUCACAGUAUAUUCCAACUUUGGAUUAUUACAGCAAUGGUUUGCCUCUUGUUUGCACAAUGUAUGCUUCCUCGGAGUGUUACUUUGGUGUGAAUCUCAGGCCACUAUGCAAACCAAGCGAGGUCUCUUACACUCUCAUACCAACCAUGGCCUACUUCGAGUUCUUGCCUGUCCAUAGGAACAAUGGAGUCACUAGCUCGAUCAGUCUUCCAAAAGCACUCACUGAGAAAGAACAGAAAGAGCUUGUUGAUCUCGUUGAUGUAAAGCUUGGUCAGGAGUACGAGCUUGUCGUCACCACCUAUGCCGGUCUGUACAGAUACAGAGUUGGUGAUGUCCUAAGAGUGGCUGGUUUCAAGAACAACGCACCUCAGUUCAGCUUCAUAUGCCGCAAGAAUGUGGUCCUAAGCAUUGAUUCAGACAAAACCGACGAGGUGGAGCUUCAAAACGCAGUUAAAAACGCGGUAACGCACCUUGUUCCUUUUGAUGCCUCACUCUCUGAGUACACUAGCUAUGCAGACACAUCCUCCAUCCCAGGCCACUAUGUCUUGUUCUGGGAGCUGUGCUUGAACGGUAACACGCCGGUUCCUCCCUCGGUCUACGAGGAUUGUUGUUUAACCAUAGAGGAAUCGUUUAACAGUGUUUAUAGACAAGGAAGAGUUAGUGACAAGUCCAUUGGACCGUUGGAGAUCAAGGUAGUUGAGUCAGGGACUUUUGAUAAGCUCAUGGAUUACGCGAUAAGCCUUGGGGCAUCGAUCAAUCAGUACAAGACACCGAGGUGUGUGAAGUUUGCUCCCAUCAUUGAGCUUUUAAACUCUAGGGUUGUUAAGUCUUACUUCAGCCCCAAGUGUCCAAAAUGGACCCCUGGUCACAAGCAAUGGGGAAGUAACUAAAGAGAAAACUAUGAGGAGAAAGAGAGACUCUCUCUCUAUGCGAUAAAAGUUUCUAGUCCCAUUUGAACUGUUUCGUAGUCAGAUGAAUAUCGAUAAAAGUGGUUAAUCAUUAUGUCCGUCUGUCUGUCUAAUUUUAAUCUUAAUCUUAAUUUUUGCUUUGCUGUGUUUUUGGUAAACAACUUAUGUUUUAAACUAUGCUUAGCUCAUAAUCACAUGUACAUAGGAACUUUAUGUUUCUUUUAAUCCAUUUCGUUUUUACUAUUCUCUUGCAAUUGAUUAGUCAGGGUGAAUUUCCUAAAACUGACCUGGUUUAGCAAACUCAAUAAUUAAAAAAACCUUAAUUUUUUCUGACUGUUAUGUAUCGAGAGAUGAACAAGAAUCAUCAAAGAUUCAAGGAUCGAAAACUAGUUAAUUAAAUAAAUAAUAUGUAUGUAGACGGUAGACCCGACAAUUUAUUAUGUGCACGUAAUAUAAUAAUGUGCUGCAUUUUCAAACUAUUUUAUAACUCGAGCAAGUAUUUUAUCAGUUUAGUUCACAUUAACGUCAGAAGUAGCACACAUGGAUAAGACUUACUAUUUAAAAACCAGCUUUCAAAAAAAAAAGAAUAAGACUUAUUAUUUUAUUUUUUAUAACUAAAAGAAUAAGACUUAAUAUUGCAUUCUAUUACAUAUCCUCCUCUUGGAAUUAGAAAUGAAUGAAAUUUUGCCAAGUUGUGGGAAAAAAUGUUCCCUGUGUGAUAUCAGAGACCACAAAACUGGCUUGAAAUUGUUUCUUUUUUACAUAUAAAAGAUUUAAUUUGAGUAAAAUAAAAUUAUUCAAAGUUUACAAAAGGCAGAAAUGCCACUGUAAUCGAUUUUAAUGUAUUAUUUCUGUGCUACAGAAAACAGCAGACAAUACUCAAAAUGGCUGCUGACAUUAUUUACAAGAAAGAGAUGCUUUAGUUAAACAACUCAAGUAGAAACUGAUAUAUACAUAUUAUUAUUGGUCGUUAGAAACCAUUGUUGGGGUUCACACAAAAUCCAAGAUUAAUUUGGCAUACAAUGUCAUAAAGUACAUUACGGCCUCGACUGGUAAAGUCUUUAUUUCUAGACUUUUACCAGUUUUGAUUUGUUGUUUUUUCUCCUUGUCUGAUUUCUGUUUUUCUAAUUCUAUAUGGUGUCUCUCUUUAUAUUUUUAUUUGGAAUUAUGGUUUCGAGAUUAAAGUUAGGACGUUUAUCAAAAUGAUUGUUUAAACUUAAGGUUUUAUUUUGUUUUGAAUUUUGUAUUCUUAUUUUUUUGUCAGAAAAUUUUGUAUUCAUUCUAUCGUUUUUAUAACUGGCAUUUGAAGACACCGUUUAUAUAACUAAAUGAAUCUUUUUUUUUAAAAAAAAAAACUAAAUGAAUCUUGGUUUUAUACAUCUCUCUACUAACAAGUUCAUAAGAUAUACUCCUUCUGUUUCUAAAUAAUGUAUAUUUUAGAUUUUUUACAAAUAAUAAAUUAAUAUUUAACUAUCAAUGCAUCAAUUUUCAAAAUUAUAACAAUUUCUCAUAAAUUUAAACAAAUAGAAACUCAAUAAAUCCCAAAAUUAUCAAUUGAUAUUCUUGAAGUUAACAAUUUAUUACUAAAAUAUAUAAAAAAUAAAAAACAUUGAUGUUUUAAAAACAAAUAAAAAGUGUUAGAACAUGAAUUAUUUAGAAAUGAACGAGAUAUAAAGCUAUUUUGAAGAGAUCAAUGAUCACAUCCACAAAUAUUUUGAUAUCACAGAAAGAAAAAAAAAAAAAAAAAAGCAAUAU